AUGGCCCCAAAGAGCAUUCGAGGUCUGAUGACUUUAUGGUUUAAUGUCUGCAUGCUGGGAGGCCAGGCACUGGGCAUUUUUACAGUGUUUGGCUGCAGCACCAACAUUUCAUCGGAGCACAGCCUUCAGUACCAGAUUCCCUGGUUCGUUCAGACCUUUGUUCCCGCAAUCGCUAUCGGCUUGUCAUUCUUUUCAGUUGAGUCGCCGAGGUGGCUCGCCAUUCAGGGAAAGAAGAAGGAUGCCCUUGACGCUCUGGUGAGGCUCCGUGGUUUACCAGCUGAUCACCCAUAUUUGGAGGAGGAGUAUGCCUUGAUCGAAACCCACUUGGAUGAUGAGAACCAGCAGUCAGGGGAUCAGGGGUAUUUGUCUAUUAUGAAAGAGACUUUUAUGGUACGGUCGAAUCUCCGCCGGGUGCAGUUGACUAUCGUUGCCUAUAUCCUUGCCCAAUUUUCCGGCGCCAACUCGGUUACCAACUAUCUUCCAACGAUCUUCGGUUACAUUGGAGUUCAGGGUGCUGGUGCCAAAGUCUACUCUUCAGGCUUAUACGCCGUCGCGAAGAUGAUUUGUUGUCUUGUCGCCUCCCUUGUCUUCGUCGAUGUCCUCGGCAGACGAAAGUCUCUCAUGAUCGGCAUCACAAUUCAGGCUGCUUGUCACGCCUACCUCAGUGGCUAUCUGAAGUACUUUACCAAAGACCCGGACUCUGUGCCGAAAGGGGCAUCUGACGCUGCCAUUGGCAUCAUCUACAUCCACGCUCUGGGAUGGGCUGUGGGACUCUACACUUUACCAUACCUGUUCGGUGCGGAGCUUUGGCCUAAUCGUAUUAGAUCGUUUGGCGGUGCGCUGUCGCAAGGAUUUCACUGGUUGUUCUACUUCGCCAUCACAAAAGCAACGCCGAGCAUCCUGAGUAGUAUGGACAUUUGGGGUGCGUUUUUGUUCUUUGUCGGAUGGUGCAUCCUUGCCUUCAUCUACACGCUGUUCUUCAUUCCUGAAACGAGUGGUUUGAGUUUGGAUGAAAUGGAUGCCAUUUUCCAGCGACCCAUGCACAAGAUGCGACAAGCAGCAUCUGGAAAUAGUGAGGAGGAGCGAAUCGGUAGGCGAGUCUCGGUUGAAAAGGAGGCAGUGGCCCAUCUUGAAAGAGACUAG